AUGGAAGACGUAAUUGACCAGGUUGUAAGAGGUGUUGCCGUGGCGGAUUUAGAAGAUGACCAACAUCCGCGACUGAGAGUCCCACAGCUCAGAGAGAAGCUAAGGCGCCGGAACCUCCGUGCGACAGGUCGAAAACCAGAGUUGUUGACUGGCGUGCAUACACAGGUGCAGCGUCUCUUUCAGUACUGGUACGCUAACCAGACCAAUAAUGUAAGAUGGGCUGGCAGCCUCUCGGAUGCGUACAGGCUGGAGUGCGGGGUGAGGCAGGGGGGGUUGAGCUCACCCAUGCUCUUCAAUCUGUAUGUCAACGAGCUCAUAGUUGGGCUCAGCAGCGAGCGUGUCGGCUGCUCGGUUGAUGGUGUUUAUAUAAACAACAUUAGCUACGCGGAUGACAUGGUGCUGCUGGGUCCAAGUGUAGGCUCUAUAAGAAGGCUGUUAGCUAUCUGUGAAAGAUAUGCGAUGCAACAUGGGCUCAAAUAUAAUUGCCAAAAAAGCAACUAUUUGGUCAUUAGAGUCCCUAGUAAGAAUAUAUGUAAUAUUCCGCCAAUGAAGCUGAAUGGUGUUGAGCUUAAGAAAGUUCAACAUUUUAAGUACCUUGGACACUACGUCACCGAAGACCUCGAAGACCAAAUGGAUAUUGAGAGGGAACGCAGGGCACUGGCGGUGAGGAGUAAUAUGCUGGCUCGCAGGUUUAUUCAAUGUAGCAGUGAGGUAAAGAUAACGCUUUUCAAAGCAUAUUGUCAAACCUUUUAUACGAGCAGCCUGUGGGUCAGAUAUACUCAAAGAACGCUUAGUGCCUUUCGCGUUCAGUACAACAAUGGUUUCAGGUUGCUGUUGGGGCUGCCCCGCAUUUGCAGUGCUUCGGCAAUGUUCGCGGAUGCGAGGGUGGACGGCUUCCAUGCCAUCCAACGCAAAAGAACCGCGUCAUUGCUGAGGAGGUUGCGGGGUAGCCCUAACAUCAUUCUGCAAACCAUUGCUAGUUAUUAUGAUGCGCCAAUUAUAAAGGCAUUUAUGCGGCUUCAUGUGCCUGUUUAGUUAUAAUUAUACUAAUAUAAUUUAGGACAUUUUACUAACAAUUAUUAUGGAUAUCUUUUUUUUUUCCCGAAUUUAAAUUAAUAAUAUUAUUAAGUAUUUUCUUAUUAAUUGUGAUUAUGGCAUUUCUUAAAUUUUAAACUGUAAUUUUAUCUGUAAUUUAAUUAAUAUCAAAUUAAACUCAACAGUAUUAUGUAAUUUAAUUUAAGUUAA